AUGUCUGGAAGGCAAUAUUACCGAGAUCUCCUUCUCAAAUGCCAGGACAAGAUCCGUGGACUUGGUGCUACAAAUAAGAAUCGUUGGGCUGCAUUUUGCUAUGCAAAAUCUAUGACAAUGCCUGAAUUUGCUAAAAAGAUGCAAGAGUAUAACAUUCAAUUUCAAGGAAAUGAUAUCAAUGUUAUAUGGGAUUCCAUUGGUCUUGCACCAGACAUGAACUUCACUGAAUUUUUGAAGUUCAUGGAAACAGAUGUUGAUGAAUUCAACCCAGUAGGCGGUAGCCGUGGAAGAACACCACCAUCAUCAAACCCCGGCAUGCCACAGGCCCGUGAUAUGUACGAGACACCAGCUUAUGGUGGUUCUAACGAUGGUUUCGGUUCAAGAGGUUACGGAUACAAUGCUGCUCCUCAGCCAACAUUUUGUGGCAACGCAGAUGACUUAAUUCACGAAAAUCUCCGUGAUAUCAUCAUAAGUUGCAUGUCAAAAGAUUCAUUGAUGACUGGUGAAGUCUCUCGCAACGCUUUUAUUGAUGUUUGCGGAAAGUAUGGUAUCAGCGACACAAUGCCAGGCUUCAGCAAAAUACUUUCAAUCGGAGAUGCAUCUGGAUCUGGUCUUAUCCAGUACUUUACAGUUGCUUCAAGGAUCUGCUCUGAUUCUCAAUCUAUCAAUGCUAGUUUUGGCCGCGGAAGCUACGGUGGUGGCUAUGAUGCUCCUGAACCAGCUCCAAUUUGCAAGGCAGCGAUGCAUGACAACCUUUCGUUAGGUGACACAGGUGCUCCACAGCGCAAAUCUGCCUACAUGUCAUCCAUUUCCUUGAAUGAUAACAGCAACAGCAAUCUCGAUGCACAGCCACGUCCAAGAAAGUUUGCAUUAGAAGAGUCAAAUGUUUGGGGUGAUGCACCAGCCAAAACACCUACUCAGCAAAGACAAUCUCUUCCAAUGGGCGGACCAAGGCCAACUUUCAGUCCUUACAACGGCCCAUCUGGCGGAAAUCCAGAUGAUGUCCUCGCAACAAUUUCACAGAAAGUUAUGGAAGGAAUGGGCAACUCUUCAGCCGCAUUCAACAAAUGGAGAGGCUACAACACUAAACUUACAGCUGCUGACCUUUGCAAAGGAUUGCAGAGAGACUGUGGCUACUCUGCUCCUUACGAUGUUGUUCAGGAGAUCAUGGACAGAUACGGAGGAGAUCUUAAUUUGACAUCUUUUGUCAGAUUGAUGGGAGAUGGUGCACAAAUGAGCGAAAGAGCUUCUAACUCAAGACCACGUGCAACAUUCACUCCUCCAAACAGAAAGAUGACUGAAGAUGAACAAACAAUUGAAGAUAUCGCAGCACAGUUUGUUGACAAAGACUUUUCAGCAAUGACCGCUAAGGCUAGGAAUGCUGAGGACCUUUGCAUCAUAUUCCAAAGAGCUGGAAUCCAAUUCGAUGAAGCAAGAGUUAAGAAACUCGUUUCAAAGCAAGGAAAGAAUGGUUUCGUCGAUUCGAUCUUACAACAUCUUGGUCAGUAA